AUGUCUGGAAGAAAAGGUGAAAGUACCAAUGAUGUGUGGUUAAAUUCCCGGGUCAUUGUAAUUGACUCAACCCCUAGAGGGCCUAGAUUUCGUCAGGUGAGGAGACGAAUAAACUUCUCCUCGGAGGCUGGGGAUGGUGCAUGCGCGACCCCAACACCUGCAGCGUCCCCCAAAAGUCCUGCAGAUACGACCAUGGAGCAGGAAACGGACGUUGAGCGACGCUUGGCGUCGCUCGAAGAAAAAAUGGCGUCCCUGGAGAGGGAGCUAAAAGGAAGAAGGGUGCUGCGCAAGAAGUGCAGCACAUGUAAUUAA